AGCCAACAUCCUCUGCGUCUCUACGGAAAAUGAAAUUACUUAAGAUUUUCUUGAUCCUUGUUGUUGUCAUGGCUCUAGUCCUCAGCACUGCUGCAUUGCCACUCAGAGAAGACGAUGAUAUGGAUCAUGAAUUGAACGAACAAUCUGAUGAAACAGUCGAAUUUCAUUCAGAACAUGAAUUUGGUCGCAUUCUUACUCAGAGGAGAAGAAAAGCUCGUCGAAUGACAUGUAACAAGUUUCCUAGGAUUUGCCAUGCCAGGGGAAGUCCAGGGCCUUGCUGCUGCAAGAAGAAGUGUGUAAAUAUUUUGACUGAUCGCUUUAACUGUGGAGCCUGCGGGAAGAAAUGCAAAUACAAUCACAUAUGCUGCAAUGGCAAAUGUGUAAACCCUUCCUUCAACAGGAGACACUGUGGUGGUUGCAACAAUAGCUGUAAAAAUGGAGGCUUUUGUGCUUUUGGUCUUUGCAAUUAUGCGUAGGAAUUUCCUAGUGAAAAGAAGAAAUUAUAAGAUCUAUUUAUUCUUCAUUCA